AUGGCUGAGGUCUGUGGAGCCCUCAAUGUCACUGUGUCCCCGGGGCCCGUGGUUGACUACCUGGAGGGGGAAAAUGCCACACUUCUCUGCCAUGUCUCCCAGAAGAGGCGAAAGGACAGCUUGCUGGCUGUGCGCUGGUUCUUUGCGCGACCAGACUCCCAGGAAGCCCUGAUGGUUAAGAUGACCAAGCUCCGGGUGGUGCAGUACUAUGGGAAUUUCAGCCGCAGCGCCUACCGGCAGAGGCUGCGCCUCCUUGAGGAGCGGCGUGGGACGCUCUACACGCUGUCUGUCUUGACCCUCCAGCCAACAGAUCAAGGGCAUUAUGUCUGCAAAGUCCAGGAAAUCAGCAAGCACAGGAAUAAGUGGACAGCUUGGUCCAAUGGUUCCUCAGGGACAGAAAUGAGAGUGAUUUCCCUCAAAUCUUCUGAAGAUUCAUCCUUUGAGAAAAAGAAAGAGACCUGGGCAUUUUUUGAAGAUCUCUACGUGUAUGCUGUGCUCGUGUGCUGUGUGGGGAUUCUCAGUGUUCUGCUCUUCACCCUAACCAUCAUCUGGCAGUCUGUCUUUAGCAAGAGGAAAUCCAGAGUGAGACACUAUUUGGUGAAAUGCCCUCAGAACAGCUCAGGGGAGACUGUCACCAGCGUGACCAGCUUGGCCCCUCUGCAGCCCAAGAAGGGCAAGAGGCGGAAGGAGAAAGUUGAUGUUCCUCCUGCAGUUCCUGCCAAAGCUCCCAUCGCCACCACGUUCCAUAAACCGAAGCUGUUAAAGCCACAAAGGAAAGUCACCCUGCCAAAGAUUGCCGAGGAGAACUUGACCUACGCUGAGCUGGAGCUGAUCAAGCCCCACCAGGCAGCCAAGGGCAUCCCCACCAGCACGGUCUAUGCGCAGAUCCUCUUCGAGGAGAACAAGCUGUAACCCUGCAUCCUAUUUAAUAUCUGCCACUCCAGUUAUUUAUGAAACUUUGGAUACAAAGUCCUUAUUUUUGUAUUUUCACUCGUGCCUUCUGUGUGGUGGGAGCCCCUUUCCAACGGCAUUUCAGAUGCCUUCAGAGAGGUAUGACACUCCUUUCUGCGAAGAGCAGGGGCCGCAGCCCUUUGGAUAAAUCUCCCAGGACAAGAUUUUCUGGGUCUGAGCCCUGAAGGGUGAGGACUCUGAUUCUGAGACCAUUCAAGAGGAUUUUCUGCUGAGCCAAACCCCUGUAUGUUUUUUUUUUCUCUUCUUUAUCUUUUUUUUUUAAUCUGAAUUGUAAUCUUCUACCCUUCCUGUAUCUGUGAUAUCAAGCUCAUAGUAUAUAGCUAGAGGAAAUACCAUUAUGGGCCCAAGUGUGAGAUGGUAGAGAUGUACUAAUUGGUUUUCAAAGGAUCAGAUAACAUUGCCAGGGCACCCAGAGCAGCAUAAAGUGCUUAUUGUAAGCAGUCAUUCAAGAUAGCAUCUCUUGUUUUAAAUAGAUGCACUGACCCUGGUGACUCAAGGGCAGAGAGACAGAUUGUGGGGCGGUCUGAGGUCUAAGCCAACAAUGAACUGUCUGGAUACCCCUGUGCCCAUUUCCCCACCCAUUAUUGUUCACAGCCACAGGACAAGUAGAACAGUGUUCAUUCUGAAGUGCUUCCACCUCUUUGGCAGGGGGGCUUAUCCCUGCAUAGAGACUAUUCUCCCAGAAGUUCUUACUUACCCUUUUCCAAAAGGAGCAGGGUGGUGUGCUUUUGAUUGACAGAAUAGAGGAAGGGGGCCUCUUGGAAGUGUGCCAAGGUUACUAACUCUAAUUGAACAUCCGUUUGUGUAAGAGCAAAGUCUUUUGACUGCUUCCCCAAUGGUAGGAGAGUAGGAAGUAUAAGCCAAGCUGGAAAAACGUGUCCUGGAUACCCCCCCACACCCUCCCCCCACACCAGCCCAUUACAAAGUGCCUUGCUGACUCAACUUUGCAUGUUAAUUCGAAUGGACUUGAGUGGGAGGGAGGCAGGGAUGCCUGGCAAAUAGAUCUAUGAGAAAGUUGCUCUGUGGACCUAUAUGACAUCCAUGACCUCAUCAUUCUGGAACAGGCCAAGCUAUCAGCUGUGUUGUUAAGGACACUUGAUGUGUGAGUGUGCUAUGGGUGGGUUUUUACUGCACACUACAGAAAUUGUUUGGCUUUGUAAUGGACCAUGUAUAUAUGUUAAAUUAUAUAUUUUAAACACAAUCUGAA